AGCACAAUGUAACUUGUCUAAGUUUCCAAUAAGAACCAAAUCAAUUUAUUUUUUGCAUCAACUUGUUUCCUUUAAGCUCAUCAGAAUUUGACUGAUCAUGCCAUCAGUUGCCGGCCAAACUGUGUGUGUCACCGGAGCUGGUGGCUUCAUCGCGUCAUGGAUGGUAAAAUUACUACUGGAGAAAGGUUAUAGCGUUAAGGGGACGGUGAGAAAUCCAGAUGAUCCGAAGAAUGCUCACUUACUAGAGCUGGAAGGAGCUAAGGAUAGGUUGACGUUAUGUAAAGCUGAUCUUCUUGAUUAUGAGAGUUUGCGCAAUGCUAUUAGUGGUUGUGAUGGUGUUUUUCACUCUGCUUCGCCUGUUACUGAUGAUCCUGAACAAAUGGUGGAACCGGCUGUAAUUGGGACCAAAAAUGUGAUUGUUGCAGCCGCGGAAACAAAAGUCAGGCGAGUGGUCUUCACUUCGUCGAUUGGUGCAGUUUACAUGGACCCUAGCAGAGGUCCUGAUGAGGUCAUUGAUGAAGAUUGCUGGAGUGAUCUUGAGUUCUGCAAAGCCACCAAGAACUGGUAUUGCUACGGAAAAGCAGUGGCAGAACAGGCUGCAUGGGAGGAAGCAAAACAGAGAGGAGUCGACAUGGUGGCGAUCAGUCCAGUUUUGGUGCUUGGUCCAUUGCUGCAGCCCACUGUAAAUGCUAGCAUCGUUCAUAUCCUCAAGUACCUUACAGGCUCGGCCAAGACUUAUGUCAACUCGGUCCAGGCCUAUGUGGACGUCAGGGACGUGGCCUCGGCACACAUUCUCCUCUUCGAGAAUCUCUCUGCUUCCGGCCGCUAUCUCUGUGCUGAGAGUUCUCUUCACCGCGGUGAAGUCGUGGAAAUCCUGGCCAAAUUCUUCCCGGAAUAUCCUAUUCCUACCAAGUGUUCUGACGAGGUUAAUCCGAGAGCAAAACCUUUAAACUUUUCAAAUCAAAAACUUAAAAGUUUAGGGCUUGAGUUUACACCAGUAAAGCAAUGCUUAUAUGAUACUGUGAAGAGUCUGCAAGAGAAAGGCCACCUUCCAGUCCCUAAGCAGGCAGAUGAUAUUGUAACUGAUCCAAAUCUUCGAAUCCAGUCUUCUUGAUGUAUAAAUAAUUGCAUCGUGUCUAUCACCAAAUUACUAUUGCUAUAAUUAUUGUAUUACAAUAAUUAUGAUUAUUGUAUUAACAAUAAUCUGGUUUUGUAAGUAAUCAAAUUAAUAUUGAUAUCCACCUUUUCUGCUUGAUCUUUGUA